CGGCCACUGAGGACUACAGUUCCCAAUAUGCAAUGAGCAGCCACUCAGGAGGCGCCACGUCAGGAUGAGACAUGGCGGCUUUAGCAGUACAGUGAGAUGGGGAUAGAGAGUAAACAAGGGGCUGAGUGAGUGGGAGUCGGAGCCUGCGGCUAAAGCGGAGACAGUGCUUUCAGGAAGGAAUUGCUGCCGCAUUUUCUCGGGAGACGUUAUUGCCGCUUGUGUUGGGCCCUUCUUAUAUAGGGCCCCUGUGUGACACGUGACGGCCCUUUCCUCCUGGGAAGUUGUGGCAGAUUAGUGGCCCCAGCUGCACCCCAAUCUGCUGCAAACACCCCUCCCCUGUCAGACGGGCCCCACAAACCCUUCAGGGCCCCUAACUGGACUCCCCUCAUCUGGAGAAGCACUUGCAGCUGCUCAUUUAAAGGCGAAGCUGAGACACUGGGGUCCCAAGGCCCAAACUGGAUCUCACCAUCUACAGAACCAGCGACACAGGGCCCUAAACCCACUGGAACCUUUCUAUUGUCCUACAAUCCCAAAGUGAACAGGCUGGGGGCCCGGGGCCCUAACUGUGCCUUUCCUGCCAAUACUCGUCUCGCCCAUUUGGAAUCAUUCAAAACUGUGUCAUUGGGGCUUUAAUUUCAUCUUCCUGGUCCAUAGAGACCCAUCAGGGACCUGACUCUUGUGCAGAGACCGCUCAUUGGAGGGACGACGAGACUCCACACUCUAAACUCAUGGAGGCGUCUGCUUCAAGCAGGAGAACGAUGGAGCAGCCAAGCCUGGAGAGUAUGCUAGAGCUGCAGCGGUUCCCCAGAAAUCCAUUUUCCCUUGUUCUUCUCCUUUUAUAUUUUCCCUUUGGUCUCUGUCUCUUUCUGAUCCGGCUGUUUAUUGGGGCCCAUGUUUUCUUGGUGAGCUGUGUUUUGCCUGAUUCUGUCUUUAGAAGGAUUCUGCUUCGGGUUAUGAGUUCGGUGCUGGGAGUGUAUGUCAGUCAUUCUGAGCUGCGGCCGUGGGACCAGAGGGGGAAAAUCUUGAUCUGUAACCACAGAACUGCCUUUGACCACAGUGUUAUCAGCAGAAUUGCCCCUUGUUGCUCGCCGUCUGUUUCCUGUGCCCCGGGGUUCCUGUGCUGGGCUCGGGGCUUUUUGGAGUUGGGGGCCCUCGGAAGUCGUACUCAGUUAAUGGAGUCCCUGAAACAUUAUCUCUCCCAGCCUGGGGGUGCCCCACUUCUGCUGUUCCCAGAGGAGGAUACAACCAAUGGUAGAACUGGACUUCUUCACUUUAGCUCGUGGCCCUUCUCUCUCUCUGACUCCGUUCAGCCGCUCAGUCUUACAGUGCAGAGACCUCUCAUUGCAGUGGCUGUCUCUGGAUGCUCCUGGGUUACUGAAUUGUUCUGGCUGCUGUUCAUCCCCUUCACAGUUUAUCAAGUGAGAUGGCUCCCGUCUGUCUGUCGCCUUCCCAGAGAGUCUGAUGAAGAUUUUGCAUGUCGUGUGCAGCAGAUUGUGUCUCUGUCGUUGGGAGUCGUAGCAACAAGACACACAGCCGCAGACAGAGCCGAGUAUGUGAAGAGGAGAAGGUGUGAGCUGCCGGCUCCCAAAUCUCAGCCCCUCUCCCCCACACACAUCCAGAUGGCACAACAUGUGAAGGAGGUGCUUCCUCAGGUGCCCCUCUCAGCCAUUCAUAGAGAUCUGGGCCACACAGGGUGCGUCGAUACAACAAUCACCAAUUUCCUGGAGGGGCGAGUGACUUUUGUAGCAGAAGAAGAAGAAACAACGGGGGCGGCUGAAGGGACUUCAAAAAGCAGAGUCAGUAGGCCGCUUCCACAAGGAUUUGCCAAGAAACCUGAGGAUCGUCACCUGUCCCUCCAGGAUCGCAAACAAAUUCUGUAUGAGUGUGCCCGAAGGAAGUACCUGGAGAAGUUUGGCUCUGUACCCGGAGAAGAGGAGGAGGAAGGAGCGCGGGGUUGAUCGUGUGUGGGGGGGGUCACUGUGGGGUAUGGGACAAUGAGGGAGGGACACUGGCAAUGAUGACUUUUUUGCAAGGGAAGAAAAAUCAAUGUAAUAA